AAAAACGAAGGGAGGCGGGCGUGGGGGAGGGGCUAUCAAGCCGGAAGUGUGGCGUUUUACCACCCGAACUUUCCUGGAGGCCAUGGAGGCUUACGAGCAGGUCCAAAAGGGGCCCCUGAAGCUGAAAGGCGUCGCAGAGCUCGGAGUGACUAAGCGGAAGAAGAAAAAGAAAGACAAAGACAAGGCGAAACUCCUGGAAGCGAUGGGAACGAGCAAGAAGAACGAGGAGGAGAAGCGGCGCGGACUGGACAAGCGGACACCGGCCCAAGCGGCAUUCGAGAAGAUGCAGGAGAAGCGGCAAAUGGAAAGGAUCCUGAAGAAAGCAUCCAAAACUCACAAGCAGAGAGUAGAGGACUUCAAUAGACACCUGGACACGCUCACGGAGCACUAUGACAUUCCCAAAGUCAGCUGGACCAAGUAGCAGGCCCACCCUGGAUACCAAGUGGCAUCAAGGAGGAGCAGAAGGCAACGUCGGCUAUGUUUGGGGCCUUUGGUAUUUUCUAGAAACGUUCUUGUGCACACAUCCUUGCAUCUUCUGCUGAGACACUGCUUUUCAAAGCUGUGUGUCCUCAUUCUGGAACUUGAUUAAAGUAAGACUGUCCUUUUCCUCAGUUUUGAUUUCUCAGUAGCACAUAGACAAGAGACCUCUUUAGUUUGAAAAGUUUAUCCAGAGAUGAAGGUUAUUUCUGGGUAAGUGCCGUGGAAAAGUGUUCUUAACCCCAAAUUGCCUCUGACUCUUCGACAGCCAGCCAGCUGGCUUUGCAUGGAUAAAACUGACUCCAGAGAACAAAGAGCUGAUGUCGUCGCGGCCCUGAGCAUGUACAUCCCUGUAGAGCCCUGCACGGCCUGCCCUUUUCAGUUCCUUCUGGCUUGGGUCUUGUGCUCUCCUAGGGCCUGGAGAAGCCACUUGGAGCUCUGUAGCCUUCAGACUGCUUCCUCAGCCACCUGGCCAGUGAGGCAAGACAGCCUGGGAAACAGAACCAGCACCUAAGGCACCGAUGAAACAACACCUCGUCCCUUUUUGAUCCUGUGGCCAGCGUGUAGCCUCUUCUCCCAGCAUCCCCAUUCCAGACAUGGGUCUAGUGGGUGUCACCAUGGCAGACAUUGCCAGUCAACACAACUUUCUUUGUAAGGGAACCC